AUGCUAAUCUACUAUCUCCGCUCCGUUUGCGUGCAGCAUGGACGUCAAACAGGCUACCACAACUACGGCGACAAGGAAGAGCUGUUGCUGUGCGAUAUAGCCGCUAAAAUCCUACCGACUGGUAGAAAUAUGUGGGAAGCCGUAGCCGCCCACUACAACGUCUCCAAGGAGCGCGAAUGGAACGCCCGUGAUUUUGACUCGCUGCGGAGGAAGUUCCGCGCCCUGUACGGCAAGCCCAAGCCGACGGGUAACCAGGGAGACCAGCUCACACGCAGGCAGCGAGCCAUCCUGAUGUCUCACGUGAUCCAAUUCGCCAUUGAGAAGAAGGGCGGGGCGCACACCUCCCACGACGGGCGCGGCAACGGCCAGGACGACGCUCUCAUCCUGAGUGAAGUGACCACCACCUUCAAUCAGAAGGACAAGGGCACGCCGAUCUCCGAUAAGGGCGGCGCCGAUGACAGCGAAGAGGCCGGAGACGAGAGUUUGGACGAGAACAUGCCCGACGAACCGACCGAUCCCAGCAACUCUCGCGACCUCCGUAUCCAGAGGCUUGCCGAGCGUCAGGAAGGCAGAUCUACUACCAUAGGGGCCGUAACUACUCCUCAAGGGAUCGUCCCCGUCGAGAUCGCGGCGGACUUCAUCGAGGACUCCGACUUCCCCGCUACUGGCGACGACGACGAACAGGAGGCACAAGGUGGUGGUGUGGGUGACCGCGACGAGGUUGCCAUCACAAGCGAGGCGAAAAAUGGCAGUGGCAGAGUUAGCGGCGGGUUAAGCGCCCACAUCCCGUCCCCGAGAAGCAUCGCCGGUACGCCUCCGGCGUCUAAAACUCGUAGUGCCCAGACCCAACGAUCGGUGGUACGCCCCAGGGCUUGCGGCAAGCAGCCUGUGCCCUCUGUCGCCUCGCCGGAAGGUCCCACGUUGCAGCGGAACCCUGACCGCGCCCAAGCGGACGCGUUGGAGUCUGAAAGGUACAAAAGACUAAACACCACGUGCGAUCGUCUCGGUGGGCGGGACCUUCGCGUUCUCCGAGACAAUUUCAAAGAGAUGGGUGGGCGCGAACCGGGAGCUAAAUCAAAACGAUCCACGUCCGAGGGCUCCACGGCGACUACGUAUGCAGCAUCCAAACGAACGCGCGCCAAAGCGCGAAUGGACGCUAUCGACAGAGACCUUAAGCGAGCGGAGACUGCUUACGCGUCUACGGGCACGGAGAUGAAAGGCCUGCUUUUAUUUUUCCGCGAAGACGCUGACCGCCGUGCCGAAGCCGAGGAGAAACGCCGCCGCGAAGAACGUGAAGAGCGACGCGCAGACGAGAAGCGGGAGCGAGAAGAACGCGAGACCAUUCGACGUGACGAACUGAAGAAAGAAGAAGCUGCUCGAGAAGAACGCCGAGACCAAGAAGCAGAGAGACGUCGACAGUUCGAAGCUCGUCUGGAGCAAGACCGUGCUGAAGCCCGGCAACGCUACGAGCAAAUGAUGAUGCUGAUUUCAACCAUGCAAAAGAACAAGUAG